AUAUAUACACAAAAGACAGUAUAUACGGUAGUUGGUUUGAAUGGUUCAGCAAUGAAAAACAGUUCUGUUUGAACCACGUACAGCAACGGUGUUAGAUGAUAAAAAGACACCGAAGCGGUCGGUUAUUUAUUUUAUUUUUGUGUUCACAGAAUAAUGUACAAACUUUCUAUAUGUAGAGAAAAAAGGAGCUCAUUUUCUGUGCUCAAUACCUUGGAUUUCAGUGGAUUAAGUGGAUACGGUUUUAUGUGAAUAAUAAAUUAAAAAGUGUAGCAAUAAAGGUGUGCUUUCGGUGUCAUAUUAAUAUCAGCAACUAAAUAUGGAAUGAAGAGAAAUAGUUAAAGGAGAAAAAAAAACAUGUUGCUGGACGAAUUCAUAAAUAAUACCGUGUAAUUAUAAAUGUUGUGUUCAUAUAUAUUAUGGGAACCAUAUAAAAAUGAGACAAUGAUAGUAAAUAAAAUUCCAUUCUGUUUUGCAUGUACAGUGUCCAGUAUAAGUAUAACCAUUGAACCAACUAUCAUUAAGCAAGAUCUCAGCCAGUGUUAAUACAGAAAUUGGUUGAUAUAAAGCGAUAAUGACCUGGAGUACCGCACCACCGACCGUUGAUCCCAUGUGGCAGAAACAGUUGGAUUGCCUGGAAUUUCUAAACAAAACUUCAGCUGUAGCAAAUAGAAAUGAUAAAUACUGCAAAGGCACAUGGGAUGGAUGGUCAUGCUGGCCAGACACGAAAGCAGGCUCAUCGGCAUACACACCAUGUCCUGAAUUUAUAACCGGAUUUGAUCCAACACGAACUGCACACAAAGAAUGCGGUUCGGAUGGUGUCUGGUUUAUACAUCCAACUUCAAAUAAAACAUGGUCAAACUACACAACAUGUGUAAAUUUGGCCGAUUUAGAGUGGAGGCAACAAGUAAAUCUAAUUUAUGAGACAGGAUAUGCAAUAUCCCUCAUUGCUAUACUACUUUCGCUGGCAAUACUGUUCUAUUUUCGAUCACUAAAAUGUGCCAGAAUAACCAUUCAUAUAAACUUAUUCGCAUCAUUUGCCGCCAAUAAUUCAUUGUGGCUGCUGUGGUAUCGGGUGGUACUUGGUGAAACAGAAGUAAUCGCCAGGAAUGAGUCCGGAUGUGUGGUUUUGCAUUUAGUUCUUCAUUACUUUUUAAUGACAAGUUAUGCUUGGAUGUUGUGCGAAGGAUUUUAUUUGCAUACGGUAUUAGUCUCAGCAUUUAUUUCGGAACAAAGACUGGUACGAUGGUUAAUGGUUUUUGGAUGGAGUUCGCCGGCAAUUGUACUUACCGUUUAUGGAUUUUCGCGAGGAUUCCACGGAACCGAAGAGGAUCGGAAAGAGUGCUGGAUGAACGAAACUGUAUACACAAACGCACUUGUUGCGCCCGUUUGUGUAUCAAUGUUACUGAAUUUACUGUUUCUAUGCAACAUUGUUCGAGUUCUGGUGCUGAAGUUGAAAGCUCCACUUGGCCCGCAAGGAAAUAGCGGUCCUUCACGGAAUAUUCUACAAGCAUUUCGCGCCACAUUGCUGCUGGUACCGUUAUUAGGUCUGCAGUACAUUUUAACGCCAUUCAAACCGGAGCCGGGCCAUUCAUGGGAACGAGCAUAUGAAACAAUAUCGGCAUUUACAGCAUCGUUUCAAGGUCUCUGUGUGGCAACUUUGUUCUGUUUCUGCAAUGGCGAAGUAAUCGCUCAAGUAAAACGGAAAUGGCGAUCAGUGUUUUUCAGCAAUCGGGCUCGGUCUAAUUCAUAUACGGCCACUCAAGUGUCGUCUUUCGAUUUUGAUUAGGGUCCCACAAACAAAAAAAAUAACUAAAAAUAGACCGGUGUUGUGUAUGUUUUGUAGAAACUAAUAUUAAAUAUAAGAGAAGACUAUGAUAUUUUGAAUAUAGCCGCUACGAUUGCAGUUUGUACGAUGUGGACCACCCGUUUCCGGCGAAGUGAAAGUUUGACUACAGGAAUCCAGCCGCAAGGACACCAUAAAUAAUAGCAAACAAGUUCAGUCAAGAAACACAAAUUUUAGCAACGAACAUAAAACUGAAACUUGUACACCAUUAAUUAAACGUUGUCGUGACAAAACGAAUGGCAUUAAUUUCAACGGUAAUAAUAAGAGUUCGACGAUGAGCGAAGAAAAUUUGUAAUUCCUUUAUUAGUGAUCUAAAAAUGAAUGUGUAACCGAGAAUAUAAUGUAACGCUAAUACACAAGAGUCUAGCAUGUUCCAUCGAAAAAGGGUGCAAUUAUUUUUGAAUCUAGCGAAAAGUAUAGUCGAAACAUGGUAACAUAAUAAACCGGGGGAUGGAGGAAACGACAGCCGAGGUAGAAUGACAAAGUAGGAAGGACUUCUUUGAUAUAUGGAGUACGUGUCGUGUAACAAAAAUGUCGUAUAUGCAAAAUGUGUUAUCGAAAAUUUAAGUCUAAAAUAAAUGUUGAAAUUCUUAUUACACAAUCACAUUACACACGUACAUAAUAGCCGUUCUAAUUACGCUAAAUUAAUAAGGCAAUAUUUAGGAUUUUAUCAUUUUCAAACAAUGAAAUCGAAUCAAAUUCUUAUUAAAAUUAGAGAAUUAUAAUUCAAAAGUGUACUAAUUGAUGUAUAAUUCAAUGCCGUUAAUCCAAAUUUUAUUUUCUUAUUUUCUUUCUUCGGGAUUGAGUUUUCUUAUUCCAUUGAUAACAUUACAGUGAAGGGUCAAUUGUAAAACCUGGUAUACAGCACAAAGUGGUGCAAAAUUUUGACAUUUGCGGACCUUCUGUCAUUAGCCUAUGGAUUAUGAUGAUGCAACGUUUGUAAUAUAUUUCCUAAUAAAAUUUCAUGUCGCUUCGUGUUGUAUAUAACGGGCUUAAAUUGGAAUUGAUCUGUGUUACAUACAAAUUUUGAAUAAGUUCCGCUAGAUAUUGAUAGUGAUUUAUACUCAUUUAGAAGCUCAAGACUAAACAUAUUGUUGGAAAUGGUUACUAAUUAGCACUAAAAAAAAAAUUAUUAAAAUUUAUGUUGCCGUAGUUAAUCCUGUUAGUCAUUCCCUUAAAAAUACAGUAAAACAAAAGCUUUUUUUGUGCCAUUAUCAUUCUACGAGUUGUCUCUUUUCGCGAUUGAACAUUUCUCAGAUUAUUUUUUGAAAGAAAAUAAAAUCUUAAAUUACUUAGGAUGAAAAUGGGUCGACCCACUUUUGCCCUGGUUACUUUAAACACACUUCCUUCUGAAUCUGUGUUAUGAUCAAAAAAAAAUCCGAUCGAUCGGUUUUCUUCAAAAACACGAGUCAACUAGUCCAUUUACUCUAUGUUCUAAGAGUCCAGGUCAGAAAUGGAUCAACUCAUUCCAAUCAUUAAAUUACAUUGAUCAAGACUUAAUGAUCACUAACCUACGCUAUGUUCUCUGUACUGAAUACGUGAUAAAAUCAAAAUAAUGCGUAUUCCUCAGUUGCAUCUGGUGCUAUCUGUAUUUAUAGCGUCAAUGUACCAUAAACAAGCACCAGAACAUAUUUUGUAACGGUCAACAAUCCACUUAUUUUGUGGGUGUUAUGAGAUGUGGUUAUGCAGGGGUGUUAUACCAACAUAAAAAACUAAAUUUAUAAGAAAAAUUCUAACUACUGCGUCGAGUAGCGGCCCCUUAUUUCGACUUUAUGAAUGGUCCCUUGAACGCACAAAUGGUGUGAAUUACAUAAGAACAGCUCAUAUCAAAUUUGGAAGUUUAUCUAUUCAAUUGAUCCUGUGAGCUGUGAGUUAUGUUGCCUCUAGAAAUUUUCUAUGAUAAGGUUUUAGAAGGGGUCAUAGGGAAAUCGGAUUUUAGAGAUUCAUUCAUUUGUUACCGUCUGAAAGAAUUUCAACAACUGUUCUGUGUUCUGCUAUAUUCGGUGUCAGACGAAUCACAUUUCACUUCUAAUAUCUUAAUGGAAUCAUCUCCACCCAUUUCAAACUUUGGGCCAUGUUAAAUUUAAUAUAAUAUUUCACAUGCAAACUCGUUACCAUACAUCAAUCACUUAUAUAUCAUCAUCGCACCUUAUUAUCUUUGAAAUAAAUUUCGAUUUGAAAACGAAAUUACGUAAAAAAUUUCAUUCGAAUCCUAUUCUGAUAUGUUAAGACUUUCACAUUUUCCUGGCGUAUAUGUGCCAUACAUAAUCAUUAUGUACACCAUGAAAUUUCCAUGAAAAAUUAAAUUACAAUGUUACGUGGUGAUGUGAUGAUAAAGUCUUGUUUGACGUGCAUAUUACGAAGCAUGUAUGUACCGUUUUAAGCUUUUUAUCCGGCAGAGAGAGAAAAAAUGUUACGUAGAAAAGAGAUUCUCUUAUUUUCCUGAAAUUUGAACUAGCCAUUUGAUUCUGUAAAACGGAAAUUCGUUCGAAUCAUCGCAGUAAAAAGUGAAAAUAAUGGAAUUACCAUUAAUCAUUGCCGUUUUGGCAUUUAAAAUGAAAGAAUUUGAAGUUUUUUUUAUACAAUGAUCUCGUCCAAGCCAAUAUCCUUAACAUCCACCGACAUAUUCAUCCCGUUUUUCAACCACAUAAUUGACAUGGACCCCUUGACUUAUCUUGAGAACCCAUAAAUUCGAUUUAUCUUCAAUAGAAUGCAGAACAACAGCACAACCAUAUGUAUCUGAACACAAUUCUGUAUCAUAAAAAAUAAAUUUUUGUUUGGUAAUGAAGCGGUUCGGUUAUGUAACCCCCUGGUCAUGAUGGUCGUAUGGCAUAGAAUGGAAAAGGGUUUUUGUGUAUUAUUUGAACUGAAAAUAUCUGUCAAUAUUCCAUAUAUAUUGUCUGAGUUAUGGCCACGUUCUCACUCUUGCUGAACAACAUGGUGAAAUAUUCCGGACACAUCGUUUGCAUCAAUCAAGCACCAUGUAUACCGAAAAAUAUUGUUAUGCAAAUAUUUCCUGAAUUUAUUAGUAAUAUGAUUAUGUUGGGCUAAAGCUCAACGAUCUGUAAAACGAAGGGGCUAUCUAGCUAAAUUCCUUGUCCGGGCAUUACGUUGUAAAAUAUUUUAGAAGCAAAGUUUAACGAAUGUAUUGUAAAUAAAAAAUGAAAUUUUCCAAACAUUUAUUGUUUAAUACAUAAAUUAUAGAUAUUGCCAAGAUCAAUAUAUUUAUGUGAGUGUAUGAUGAAAGGCUGUAAUACACAUUAGGGUGUGCUAAAAUUUGGGAAAAGUAAUUAGAAUUCGAUUGGGAAAGGAUUAAAUUUUCUGGUCGCAGACCGACUGAAUUGAAUCAAAAUACAAUUUUUGGAAGUCCAACAACUGAGCUGGAAAUAUUUUUGUCCGUACAACGUUUCUCAAGAUGUGGAGCUAUUUAAUCUACUCAGAUUUUUAAUUUAAAAAAAAAUUAUUCAGUGGUUUCCCAUUCUGUUACGGUGUAUUUCGGAGCGAGCAAUGUGAGAUCGAUGAGCAAGAAGUACUUGCUGUAGACUCUACUGUGUGAAGUAUGACUGAUUAUUCUUCACUUCUUCCAAAAAUACGAAUAUUCACUUUGAACGACGCACACAGAUAAAAAUAUGGGAUUACAAUUCUUAGGUCCGAAGGGAUUACUUUCAAAAAGUAAUUCUUUCGGGAUUAGAUUUUUAAUCUUCGCCAGAAAUUGAAAAAAUAUAAUUCUUUCAGUGAUUAAAAGGAGACUAAACAAUAAUUGAACGAUCUUACUGCCGCUUAGAGUUUUCCGUCUUGAAAUCACACUUUUGGGUUAAUUUAGUUCGAACACGAUUUACGAACAAGAUAUGGUUAUGUGAGAAAAGUUAAUUGAAACGGAUAUUUAUUUGGUGCUAAAAUGUUUCAAUGGUACUACCGAUGGUUUAUUCUGCCUUACAAUACCAGGCUCAGAAUAGAAAUUUUAAGUCGGUUUGUAAAGAUACUACCAGUUAAUAUGGAUAUGGUUAAAGAUAGUAUAGAGAAAUUCUAGAUUGAAAAUGGCAGUAAGGCCAAUUUUAGCAGCGAACUAUUUCACCUUACUAUGGUAAAACAGACAUUUUUGAAUUUAAAUGGUUAAAUACUUAUAAACAAUGGUAAGGAAACUACAGAAGAAUAUAAAAAUGAAAAUCAUGAAAAAAAUAUCGAGGUUUAAAGUGACGAUCUUGCCAUCUGGCAAUUUGCAUUUUAAUCCCACGAGGUAUUAGUUGCUUUGAAACAACGGUUCACAAUAAACCAUGUUGGGAUUAAGAACUAAUUGCAGCAGUGGUAAGAUCGUAGACUGAAGUGCAGAAGGUCCCGGGUUCAAAUCUCGUAAGGUAAAUAAAAAAAAUUCUGAUUAAUAAAAACAUUUCUCAUUCCAUAUUCACAAAAAAGCUUCUUC